AUGGCAAGUAAUCGUAGAAGUUCAGCUGAGCCAGGCCACACUGAGAGCAUGGUAAUAGUAGAAGAAGUUAUUAAGGAUUAAGGAGUAAUCAGAAGAUACUCAAAGGGUCGCUUUUUGGGAAAAGGUGGUUUUGCAAAGUGCUAUGAAUUUACAAAUUUAGAAAGAAAAUAAGUAUUAGCUGCUAAGGUUAUUCCUAAGAGCUCUUUAACUAAGAGCCGUGCUCGCUAAAAAUUAAUGAGCGAAAUAAGAAUCCACAAGUCUUUAAACCAUAGAAAUAUAGUGAAAUUUUAACAUUUUUUUGAGGACUAAGAAAAUGUCUACAUAUUGUUAGAGAUGUGUACAAAUCAGACAAUGAAUGAACUUAUCAGGAGAAGAAAGAGAUUGACUGAAUUAGAAGUUUAAUGCUAUUUAUUGCAGAUUCUUUAUUCAAUCAAAUACUUACAUGAUAACAGAGUGAUACAUCGUGAUCUCAAAUUAGGAAAUUUAUUUUUAUCUGAUAAGAUGGAAAUUAAACUAGGAGAUUUUGGAUUGGCUACAAAACUAGAAUAUGAUGGAGAAAGAAAACGCACUAUUUGCGGUACUCCUAAUUAUAUAGCUCCUGAAAUUUUAGAAGCGAAAGAAACAGGUCACUCAUAUGAAGUCGACGUUUGGUCUUUCGGUGUUAUUGCAUAUACUUUACUAAUAGGUAAACCACCUUUUGAAACAAACGACGUAAAAUCUACCUACAAGAAAAUCAGAACAAAUGAAUACUCCUUCCCAGAAUAAAUUCAAAUUUCAUCUGCUGCCAAAAAUAUGAUAAAAAAGAUUCUCACGACUGAUCCUUCGAAGAGACCCACUAUUAAUGAAUUAUUUAAUGACGAUUUUUUCAAAACAGGUGGAUCAAUUCCUAAACUGCUACCUGUAAGCACUCUUGCUUGCCCUCCAAGUGCCUCAUAUACUCGCUAAUUCUUACCUUCAACACAAAUUUCUUUAUCUACCAAUCAAAAAUCUACAAAUUAUUAAGUAGAGAAUAAGAAUAGCUCACCUAAAAAAUUUGACAACACAACUCCUAUUAAUGGAAAUGGUUUUACACGUUUUGCAACCCAAACUUCCUAUAAUCCUUAAAAUGUAAAAUCUUAAUAGUAGAUGGGUUUAAAAGAGAGAAAAGACUAUAUUAAUACUUACCGUACAGGUGGAGCUUAAACAAGUAGCAGUUCAGGUUUAUGUAAUAGUUAGUAUGGCUAAAAGAAUUUUGAUACUAAUAACGUUAAUAACUAAAAAAUAGACAACUUUUUGUAAACAAAUAAGAACACCUAUGGGUUAAAUGGAAGUGUAGCAAAAGAAUAAUGCUUCCAAAAAAGUUCUAGUUUAAAUCCAUAAAGUGAAGGUACCACUAUCACAAAUAAUUUAAAUUUGGGAAUACUCAAUUUUGCUAAAAGUCAAAGUACAAACACUUAAUUAGUCGAAAACAGUAACCUCAACAGUUAGAAAACAGAUAAUUAUAUUCAAAAAAUGGAUGAAUGCAGCCAAAAAGCCUAGCCAUAGGUACAAAAUUCUAAUUAACACAAAUCAGAAGAUUAUAGUAAGAAUAGUUGCUUAACAAAUUAAAAAUAUACUUCUCAAGCUAGUCAUCCUCAAAGUUAAGCAGCUUUAAAUUCUGUUUAAAGCCAAGCUAAUAUUAAGAAUAUUAAUAAUAGUACAAGCAUAGCUAAUUUUGCUUAUAAUUAAAGUUCUGCCGCAAUUAACUCAAAUACUAAUUUGAUUUCUACUAACUUAAAUAAUCUCAGCGGAGGAGCUAGCUCUAUCAGUAAUCAGAAUUACUUAUCUCAAAAUAAAAAUUAUCCUUCAUAAUAAUCUACAAAUGCAGUAUUUAACAGAAACUCAAUUGAAAAAUAUUCUAGCUCAAACAAUAUUAGAUCUGGAAAUUCUAACUAUACUCGUGCUAAAUCUGAAAAAAUGCAUACAUAACCUACUUCAAGUCUCCUUUAAGCAUAUGGUUUCACAAAAGUUGAAUAAGCUCCUUCUAGUGGAACUACUGCCCUUAACUUUAAUAAUAGUGGCUCUUACUUCUAAGCUCCAGUAAGCUCUAAUGAAGUUCAAAUCUAAGGUCCUGAUAUUUGGGUUUCAAAAUGGGUAGACUACUCUUCAAAAUACGGUUUAGGCUAUCUAUUAAAUAAUGGCUAAGCAGGUGUUUUCUUUAACGACUCAACUAAGAUUAUUCUUAAUCCAAAAACAGAAUAAUUUGAUUACAUCGAGAGAAAUUCUUCUUCCAAAUAAGACUUUGGGGCAGAAUAUACACUUAAGGAUUAUCCUGAAUCUCUUUAAAAGAAAUUGACUUUGUUAUAGCAUUUCCGUAGUUUUUUAGAAGGAGAAGACAAGAAAGCAGAUUCUAUAAAAAUGCCAUAGAAUGAGGCUAGUGGUGAACCUAAAUCUUCUAAAAUAUAUGUUAAGAAAUGGCUACGUACAAAAAAUGCUAUCCUUUUCCGUUUGAGCAAUAAAGUAGUUUAAGUUAUUUUUUAGGACAGCUCUGAAAUUAUCUUGAGUAGUGAGCUUCGUGCUGUAACUUAUGUUAAUAGGAAGAAAUAAAGAGAAACCUUUCCUCUUAGCACUGCUAUGGAGUCAUAAAACAAAGAAAUGUCAAAGCGUCUUACAUACACCAAAGAUAUAUUAACUCAUAUGCUUAGUGGUAAUGUGUAAAGCAAAGGUGAACAAUAGAAUAAUGAAAAUAUUUCUGUUUAAGAUCCUACUUCUACUAUUACUAAUCCAAUUGGAUUAAUAAAUUAAAAUUAAGAUGGUAAAGAGAAAAACCAUUCUAAGAACUAAUCAAUUAAUCCAAAUUCUUGCUCUAGUGCAAGUCUUUACCCAACUGCAACUACAACUUAAUAUGCAAAUAAUAAUAGUUCUUCUUAAAUUUAACCUUCUUAAAAGCCUUCGACUAGAGAGAAUCUCCACUACUCUAAAAAUGUGCCACUCUCUUCUGUAACUAACUCUAUAUAUAUGCAAAAUCAAUAGUCUAAUCCUAUUUAUAAUAAUUACACCUAGAAUGAAAAUGUUAAUGUAUUGCUACUUAACAAACAGCAGAGCUUGUAAAAUUAAAAGCCUUCAAUUAAUGGUUAUGAGUUAAAUGGAUUCGCAAGUAGCAAUAGUGCAAACAAGAAGGAAUCUUUAGCUACUAAUUCUAAUAUUAUAAAUAGCACUGAAGGUAAAUGCCUUGGACAGCCUUCAAAUAUUUAAAACCUAUUAAAGAGUAACUCUACUAUUGGUAGAAUGAAUUCUAUGAAUCCUACUGCUACCAGCUCUCUUUCUAAUCUAAAUAAUUUUAAUAACUAUGUAAUGAGUUCACGUAAAACUGAAAAUUGA